AUGUCAAUAUUUCCAAUUUAUUUAUAUGAUAAAAUAUUGGAAUCACUUUUAUAUUAUUUAUAUUAUAGAGAAAAAACCAAACUUAAUAAAAACCCAGAUAGAAAAAAUCUUCCUCUCAACAAUGAAUUAAUAAGCUACUGUUUAGUAAAUAAAAGAUGGUUUCAAAUAGCCCAAAUUUUCUUUUCCAAAAAUAUCAAUUUUUCAAACGAUAAAUUUAUUAUUAGACCAAAUAUUAAACUGCCUAUAAAAAAUAACAAUAAUAACCAAAAUAGCAAUAAUAAUCAAAGUAAAAAUAACAACCAAAAUAACAGUGAUAAUCAAAAUAACAAUAAUAACCUAAAUAACAAUUUAUCUGAUACUAAUAAUAAUAAUAAUAAUAAUAAUAAUAAUAAUAAUAAUAAUAAUAAUAAUAAUAAUAAUAAUAAUAAUAAUAAUAAUAAUAAUAAAUUUAAUCCCAUUUUAAUCAAUAGUCAAAUUAAAUUUUUUUACGAUGGAGAAUAUAUAAAGGAAUAUGGUUCAUUAUUUUUAGACAAUCUAAUUCAAAUAGAUGAUUAUAAAAAAAUGAACUUUAAUUUUUUUAAAUCUCAAUAUCCACCUAAUUGCAGAUUUAAUAUAAAAAUAAUGCCCAUUGGUCAAAACAUUUUCCAAAACUUUAUAAACUCAUCCGACACUGUGAAUAUAAAAAUAAACAAAUUAACAAUAGAAUGUCAAAAAAAUCAAAGUAUAUCAUCAGAUAAAAUUGAAGAUAUUAUAAAAUUAAACCCAAAGAAAAUAAGUUUUAAGAGUUCCUACUUUGGUGAUUACCAAUUUGGCCACAUUGACUAUUCCCCUUUAAUUCUUUCAACGUCUAUUCAAUCAUUAAAAAUAGAAAAUGGUGACGUUGUAGAGCCAUACAUCUUUUCGAAACUAGAUCAUUCCUCAAAUAUAGAGUCACUCGCAAUACCAAUACCAUUCCAUUCCCACAACGAAGAAAUUAUUUGUACUGGUAGUUUCCCCUCAAUAUUUUUUAAUCCAAAAGAAUAUAUUAAUAUCAUGGUAAUGAAUCUACAGAAUAAUAAAAAAAUCAAAAAGCUCUCCAUUACCAAUUUGUGUUGUUCAAUUUGCAAAAGAAAUGCCAAAUCAAACCAACCCAUCAUCAGUACCGGUUUACACGCAAUAUUAACAAGUCCUCACACUGUUAUAGAAACAUUGGUUUUAAAGAAUUUAAAGUUUUUGGAUGCUAAUUUACUCUCUGCUUUGUCCAUAAGCAAAACAAUAAAGAACUUAGUAUUGAUAGACUUUGAAAAUAAUGAAGAUUUGUUAUUACUAUUCAAGAACGUAUUAUCAGUCAACAGAAUCAUCAGACAUGUCUCCAUCGUCUCAGAGUCAAUAAAGCUAUUAGAACUGUUCAGAGAAUGCGACAACACAAUUGAUAUAUACUCAUUGACAAUUGAUACCUAUGAAAGUAGAGAUUAUGAACUAUCCAAGUGUAUAGAACUAAUUAAACAAUCCAAUCAAUUCAAUAUCAAGGAACUAAAUUUCUUUAAUUCAAAUAAACUAAAAUCAAAUCAAAAAAUAAACAACACAAUAAUUACAAACUCGUUAACUUAA